UAUCUUCGGUAUAAACAAAUGGCUGACUAUCGAACGUGAUGGCUGAACUAAAGUACGAUUUGGCUUUGGUUAAUACUGCAUCUGGAAUAAAGAUAAGAGAAAAACCUUGGUACAAAGAAAGAUUACAUACAAAAUAUAUCAAAUCACUGAAACCAGAAGACACAUCAAAGGCACUACUGGGAAAGGACUGGCUCUUCCUAAAGGAUGGUUUAGAUGACUUCAGAGAUGGCCUCCCACCACCAGUAAAAGGAGAUAUAUUAAUAAAAGGUCAUAAAGGACCAGGCCCUAAUCUAAAAGGCAGUAGUGAAAAUAUCAGUCCAGUUAAGCAGCCAGCUGUAAAGAAUCGCUUCAGCAAACACCAAAUAUGUUAUUCUCGGUCCACACCCCUUCAGCAAAGCAGAAGAGACCACAUAGAUGAAAUAGAGUAUAGUCUUGUACUGCACCCUCUGGCUCUUUACCCUCAUUUGGAGGAGAGUGUCCCUCCAGAGCUAUUUGAGGACAUUGUGGAUAUACUUGAUCCAGAGAUGAACCUUGAUCCAGAUGAAGAUUUCUCAGAUCAGCUGGAUGAGGAGGAAGAUGAAGAGGAGGAAGAUGGUGAAGUUCAAAGGUCACCAAAGGAAAAGGAGGAGGAUGUACUCAAAUCAGAAGGAGGCCACAGUCAGGACUCUGAUGAACCAAGGAUAAGGAAUCCCUACAGGUGGCUGCCAAGACGAGAUGAAAAAGACAAAAAAGAUAAAAAGAAGAGUGACAAAAGUGCCUCAUCAGAGUCUCAGGAGGAACAUAUAAAGAAGGUAACCAAGGAUUUCUGUGACUGGGUGGCCGAGAGCCUUGGAGGGGAUCAGAAUAAGUUUGAGGAGUCCACAAUCAUGAGUCUGUUUGCCAGUGGUUAUGAGACAAAGCCUGCUCUGUCUGUCCCUAUCCAUGUUGUAGAGCUGACGAACGUCCCCCAGGAGCUCAGGCAGCAGGCCACAGUAUCUAACCAACAAACCAGCAAAAAUAUUCCCGCUCCAGAAGAAAAGUCCACAAAAUGGAAAUACUCUGGCCAAUAUGAGCCUAGCUGGGUAAAGUUCAAAUAUGGAGCUUGGUACCUGGACCCAAAGUCCUGGAGAAAGAGACAGGACGAUGAACCGUUAGAGAACCCCAAGGACAUCAAAGACAAAGAGAUGUCAGAAGCCAAGAAGAAGAGUAAAGAACUGAAUCAUGUUAUAGCUCAAUCUCAGGGUGCUAAGUUGUUUAUGGAUUGGGUGAAUGAUCCAAAGCGACAAAUUGAUCCCAAAAAUGAACACACAAAACCAGAGUUUUUGGAUGAGGUGGCUAAAAUUCAGGAGCAAGCUUUGAUUGAGGAACAAAAAAGGCUUAAAGCAGAACAAGAUGCCAAACAGAGAAAACUGUACUCCAGGAGAAGGACAGAGACAGAACAGUCUGCUGCUUAAGUGUGUUCAUGUGAUGCUGAGGUCAAAAGGUCAAGGAUGUGAUGGCUCCUUAAAACACCAUAUAUUACUGUGAUAUAAAAAAAAAAUUGGAUAAACAUGAGAAAUUUUUUGUGAUAUGCCAUGUCUAAUUAUGCAUAUUUAGUUAUUUCCAUUUCAUUUUUGUGAUGAAAUUAAACGAAUAAUAUACACUAAGUUAAUGAAUGUUGUUUAUUUGUUAUGUGUAAUAUUGAAAUAAAAUCACUAGAAAGAUGUU